AUGGCAUCAGACGAUUCCAAGUCCCAGUUACCUGGGCUUCCGGGCUACGAUCCGCAAAACUUGCAGCCGUGGACUGUGCAAGUAGUUGUUGCUGUGACCGUUUUGGCACUGGUGGCCGUUGGACUUCGCUUGUUUAGUCGUCGACUCAAGCAUCAGCAACUGUGGCUGGAUGACAAGAUGAUCAUGUUUUCAAUGGGCUGGAACCUGGCUGUCGUCGGCUUCAUCUUCGCCAUGUAUUCCGCUGGAAUGGGUCUUCAUGCAGACAAGGUUGAUCCCAAUAGCAUUGUUAUGAUGGCCAAGUGGUUGGUUGUGGCCGAAGUUCUCUACGCCUGGAACUUGGGCUGGACCAAGAUGAGCCUGUUAUUGAUGUACUAUCGCAUCUUUCGACUACCAUAUUUCAAGAAGAUGGCAUGGGCUGUCGGAGCCUUUGUCUGGGCCUGGGUCAUUUGCAUCACCUUCUUGUUCAUCUUCAUCUGCGUACCCGUUCAGAAGCUCUGGUACCCGCAGAUUCCUGGAAGAUGCAUCAACCAAGUUGGUACCUGGAUAUCCAACGCUGCCUCGACCAUCUUCACCGAUCUGGUCAUUCUAUUCAUGCCUCUUCCUCAGAUAUGGAAACUUCAACUGCACAAGACCGAAAAGAUUGGUCUAACCCUAGCCUUCAGUCUUGGAUUCUUCGUCGUAUUCGCCUCCGCCUACCGAACAAGCGUCCUCUUCACAUACACCGCCACAGACCCAACCUACACUCUAGCUCCCACCGUCGGCUGGACAGCCAUCGAAAUGUCAGCAGGCAUUGUCUCAGCAUGUCUACCUACCCUCCUUCCCAUCGUCCUAUGCUGCGCUCGCGCAUUCGGAAUCACACGAACGUCCAGCAUCCCCAGCCGGGACUCCCAUGCGCCCCCGACAUUUGGCGGCUCCGGCAGCAACAAGACCAAGCUACGGAGCGGACCAAACACAUUGACCAACUUCAGCACCCGAGGCGAAGACGACGAUCUGCACAAGGGUGCAGAGAGCCCUUUCUACCGCUUGCCCGAUAACACGGAGUCCGACAGCGUCAUCUCCCACCCAGUCGACUCAAGAAGUCUCACCCCAGACGCCAGUCUGGAGCCACAUCUACGGCCAGAUAUGCAAGGAUACGGGCACUCCGUGAAGAGUUACACGGCCAAGGGGAAUGGGAGCAACGAUGAUGAUAUCCCGUUGCAGGGCAUCCGGGUGCAAAAGGACUUUAAGAGCUCAACAUCAAGGAGGCGGUAA